AGCAGAGGAGAGCUGCCCUGCUCCCUGCUCCCAUGCCGGGCUGCCCGCAUGGCUCCCGGGCACUGUGGAGAUUGUGGGGGCUGCUGCUGCUGAGCAACCAUCCAUCGCUUUAAACUCAGCCUCAACUUAGCGCAGCAGGCAAGGAUGGCAACGCCACUGGAGCUUUGGAGCUGCCAAGAGAGCCAGGGAGCCUGGGUUUUGGUCGCCUCUGUCUAAUAAAUGGGAGUAAAAUGGAAUUUCUUACCUGGGUUUUUCCUGCCUUGGUUCUACUGUGCACCCAACAGCACAGGUGUAUCAGAGCUAUGAGUGACAUUGGAGAUUACAUAGGUUCCAACAUUGAAAUAUCCUGGUUGCCCAAUCUGGAUGAUCUGAUGAAGGGAUAUGCUCGGAAUUUCAGGCCUGGCAUUGGAGGUCCUCCCGUGAACGUUGCUCUGGCAAUCGAGGUAGCCAGCAUUGACCACAUCUCAGAAGUGAACAUGGAAUACACCAUGACAGUGUUUUUGCACCAGAGCUGGCGAGACGACCGUCUGUCUUACAACCACACCAAUGAGACUCUGGGCCUAGACAGCAGGUUUGUGGACAAGCUCUGGUUGCCAGAUACUUUCAUAGUCAAUGCCAAGUCUGCCUGGUUCCAUGAUGUGACUGUGGAAAACAAACUUAUCAGGCUCCAGCCAGAUGGAGUCAUUUUGUACAGCAUCAGGAUUACCUCAACAGUGGCCUGUGACAUGGACCUUUCCAAGUACCCGAUGGAUGGCUACUCCUCAGAGGACAUUGUCUACCACUGGUCAGAAAACCAGGAUGAGAUCCACGGGCUGGAUAAGCUGCAGCUUGCUCAGUUCACAAUUACCAAUUACCAGUUCACAACAGAGAUCAUGAACUUCAAAUCUGCAGGUCAGUUUCCCAGGCUCAGCCUCCACUUCCACCUGCGGCGGAAUCGAGGGGUUUACAUCAUCCAGUCCUAUGUCCCUUCCAUCCUCCUGGUGGCCAUGUCCUGGGUAUCCUUCUGGAUCAGCCAGUCAGCUGUGCCUGCCAGAGUGUCAUUAGGUAUAACCACUGUCCUUACCAUGACCACCCUGAUGGUGAGUGCCCGGUCCUCCCUGCCGAGAGCCUCUGCCAUCAAGGCCCUCGACGUCUACUUCUGGAUCUGCUACGUCUUCGUCUUUGCUGCUCUGGUGGAAUAUGCGUUUGCACAUUUCAAUGCUGACUACAUGAAGAAGCAGAAGAACAAGAUAAAGACAAGGAGGCAGAGUGCAGAGAUCAACGUGAAGAAUGCCAUUGUCCUCUUCUCCCUUUCCAUAGCUGGUGUGAACCAGGAACUGGCCAUUUCCAACAGGCAGCACCGCAUUCCCAGGAGCCUGCCUGGAGCAUAUGGCACAAUAGAAAUAGAAACUGGAGAGACCAAACAGCAGCAGGGGCUGAAACUGGACAAAAAGACUGGUCUGAAGUCCCUCUUUAAGCCCAUCGACGCCGACACCAUCGACAUAUACGCCCGAGCCGUGUUCCCAGCAGCCUUUGCAGCAGUCAAUGUUAUAUACUGGGUUGCAUACACCAUGUGAGAACAGCCAGAAAGGGAAAAUCCAUGUCAGGAGCCACAAACUGGGCAACACCUGUGGACUGAAAAGCCCUUGCUGAAAGUGUGCUGAGCCAUCUCUUCUCAAACUAUUUUCCAACGAGCUCAAGACACUUCUCAAGUCAAGAAGGUCCUGCUACCAGUACCAGCAAUUCAUGGCUGAUCUGAUUUGGUGCAGUAAGAACUGUGCUCUGCCAAGCAAUCCAGCUCCUUCCCUCCUGUGACACCAUGGGACACUUUUUCACAUGUACAUAUUUGUAGCAGAAGUUUAAAUCUCAAAUGGCCAUGGUUCUCCUCCACUUCAAGGGUUGAUCAGUGAUGAAGAUUUGGCUUUCCACACUCAGAUAAUUUCCUUUUUUUGUACUGAAAGAGCUAAUUCCUCACUUCUG